CUCGGCACCCUGCCCCAUGCCUGUGCAUAGCCAGGCUCUCCACCCACAUCCACAGCCGGAACAUCGCGUCUGUAAAUCAGCUCCGCAUCCUGCUAGAAGAAGCGGUGACAAACAGAACCUCCUGGCUUGGUUCCCAAGGAGUAUCUGUUGGAAGAGAUGGCGAUGUGCCUGGGCUCGUUGUUGUUGGUCUUCAUGCUGGGUCAGGUUGUGACCCCACCAACCCUGGCUCAGGAUAACUCCAGAUACAGACACUUCCUGACUCAGCAUUAUGAUGCCAAACCAAAGGGCCGGAAUGACAGAUACUGUGACAGCAUGAUGGAGAGACGGGGCCUGACCUCACCCUGCAAAGACACCAACACCUUUGUUCAUGGCAACAAGGGCAGCAUCAAGGCCAUCUGUGGAAACAAGAAUGGAAACCCUUACCGAGAAAACUUAAGAAUAAGCAAGUCUCCUCUCCAGGUCACCACUUGCAAGCAUUCAGGAGGUUCUCCCCGGCCUCCGUGCCGGUACCGCGCCACGGCAGGGUUCAGGCACAUAGUUAUUGCCUGUGAAAAUAGUUUGCCUGUCCACUUUGACGAGUCUUUUUUUCAUCCAUAGCCAGAAGCCAUGGCCCAGAACUGGGUCUACUUUUCUUGUUUACCCGCUACACCCCACAUGACAUUUAUUGUCAGGGUCCCAGAAAAUGAGCUACCCGAAAAUCUUGUCUUCUGUUUUACAGCACAUUUAAUAAAUAAAAAUGUCUCUAAAACCAGUAAGAA